AUGGCUACUGUGAGUAUGGCAACAAUGAAACUUGCAACGAUUUCUUCAUUUAAAACCACACCACAUAGUAAACCCUUUGCCUUAACUCAGAAUAGAUGUUCUCUGGGUUCUGUAAGGAGAACGUCUAAAGCAUUUGGACUCAAAUCUUCCUCCUUCAGAGUAUCUGCAAUGGCAGUCUACAAAAUCAAAUUGAUUGGAGAAGAUGGAAAUGAGUGUGAGUUUGAGGCCCCCGAUGAUGCUUACAUCCUCGAGUCAGGUGAAGAAGCGGGUUUGGAUUUGCCAUACUCGUGCAGGGCUGGUUCUUGUUCGACCUGUGCAGGGAAACUCAUUUCAGGAUCAGUGGACCAGUCGGAACAAUCAUUCCUCGAUGACGACCAAAUCAAUAAUGGGUACAUUCUGACCUGUGUCUCAAAGCCAAGUUCAGACUGCGUGAUUGAAACACACAAGGAAUCUGAUCUCUACUAG